AUGGCAUAGUUGUAUAAUUUUAAGAUUAAUUCAUGAUUUUAUGAUAAAAAUUUCUUGAGAGUAAAUGAAGAAAGAAAGUAAAAGAUUAUUAGAAGCAAAUAAUCAAAAUUUUAGAGUUAAUAGAGAGACUUAAUACUUCAACUGAUUAAAGAGAUUACUUUCUUGAAUAACAAAAGAUUUGAAAGUUAUUUGGUAGUUAAUGAAAUAAGAAAAAAUGUUAGAAUAAUGAAUAGAGUAGGAAUACAAGGAAGAGGAAGAAUGUAUAAUAAAUGGAAAUUCAAUAAUUAUAAUAGCUUUAUAAAUUUUUAAAAAAAAGUUUAAUAUGAGGAUAAUAUAAAAUAUAAAUAAGUAAUGGUAAAAAAAUGAA